AUGUCAAAGACUAUUCAAGAAAUGCUAGCUGAGAAGCUCAACACUGAGAAAAAUCAGCCAGUCGAGUAUAUCGGUACCGUAGAGGCAUACGAUAAAUGGGCAGAGGUGUACGAUACAGAUGGAAACUUCCUUCAAAAGCUCGAUACGAUCGAAAUGCACGGGCUUCUCCCCCGGUUCCUAGAGCAUGUGAAUACACAAUUCCAAACACAGGCAUCGGAUCAGCAGCUCAAGAUAGUAGAUCUGGGAUGUGGAACAGGCAGAAACACCAUCCAGCUAUUGAAAGCUAUAUCUACACAAAGAAUCAGCCCGGCGGCCUUCGCUGCGCAAGCUGAAGUUGUAGGAGUCGAUGCUUCGCCGGGAAUGCUGGAGGUUGCGAGAACUGCGAUUCAAUCUGCUACUGGUUCUGACGGACCGGAUAUACCAGUUUCACUGGAUGUUUUCGAUCUUCUCAACCCGGUUCCAAAUGCGAUGCUGCCUACUUCCCUACAAGGGUCUGGCGCAGACGGAAUCAUUUCUACACUUGUACUGGAACAUCUUCCUUUGAAAGAGUUCUUUGAAAAUGCGUCAGCGGUUAUGAAAUCUGGGGCGUAUUUUCUCGUGACGAAUAUGCAUGCGGAGAUGGGGGCGAUCAGUCAGGCUGGGUUUACGGAUCCGCAGACUGGGGUUAAGAUCCGGCCUACGAGCUAUUGUCACUCUAUUCCGGAGGUGCUAGACGCAGCCAAAGCGGCAGGAUUCCAAGUAGCAAAUUUGGUCGAAGGUGGAGACGCUGGUAUUUUAGAGAGAGCGGUGGAUGAGAACCUGGGAGAAGUGCUGGGCGCGCGGGCGAAGAAGUGGGUUGGGGUCAAAGUAUGGUUUGGAGUAUGCUUUAAGAAGGUAUAG